UAUUUUUAUAGGUAAGAUAACUUUGAAGCAUGGGUUCCUCCCAAGACACCUACGAGAUACUAGUGAUCGGUGCCGGAUUCUCUGGCAUCUACGCUCUCCACAACCUUCGCAAGAGAGGUUUUAACGUCAAAGUUUACGAAGCAGGGACAUAUAUGGGCGGAACGUGGUACUGGAACCGAUAUCCCGGCGCACGGGUCGACACGGACAAUCCCAUCUACCAAUUCAACGAGGAAGGACUUUGGGACUUUGCAUGGACCGAGCGCUUCCCAGCCCAUCCCGAACUUCAAGAGUACUUCCGCUAUUUAGACGACAAGCUCCAACUCAGCAAGGACAUUGAGUACAACACCAAUGUCAGCGCAACUCAGUUCGAUAACGCUCGGAAUCAGUGGCAAGUCAAGACGGAUGAUGGCCGAGUUACUUGGGCAAACCAUCUCUUCCUUUGUACUGGCUCUACCACAACUAGAUACACGCCUCCUUUCAAAGGUUUGGACAAAUUCAAAGGAAUCUCCCACCAUUCCUACGUCUGGCCCAAAGCUGGCGUCGACUUUUCUGGGAAGCGCGUCGCCGUUAUCGGCACGGGAGCCAGUGCGGUUCAAAUAAUUCAAGAAAUUGGCUCAAAAGUAGGCCACUUAACGGUUUACCAGCGCACACCGAAUCUCUGCCUCCCUAUGCAACAGGCCAAGGCGAACGAUCCUAGCAAAGCUGCUUGGUUUCCGCCAAAAUCAAAGUUUCCCGAAAUAUUCGGCGUAGCUCGGAGAUCUUUCUCUGGCCUCAAUUUCGAUUGGGAACCAAAAAACGCGGCUGACGUUACUCCAGAGGAGCGACGCGCCUUGUACGAAUCGCUCUAUGCCCAUGGCGGGUUUGCCUUUUGGCUUGCCAAUUUCCAAGAUAUGCUAUUUGACAAGGAGUCUAACGCAUAUGCCUACACCUUCUGGGCGGAAAAGGCCCGAGCGCGGAUACACGAUCCUUUAAAACGGGACAUCUUAGCGCCCCUAGUUGCGCCCCACGCCAUCGGAAUCAAACGCCCCUACCUUGAACAAACUUAUUACGAAGUCUUCAACCAGCCCAACGUGGACCUUAUUAACGUUCGGGAAUCUCCUAUUUUAGAAAUUACAGAGAAAGGGGUUCUCACAGAGAAAGAGGGUGUCGUCGAAGUCGACAUCAUCGUCCUAGCCACAGGAUUCGACUCUUUGACAGGAAGUAUCAAAAGUAUCGACAUCCGUAACGGAAAGGGCGAGGGUUUGAGAGAUAUGUGGAAGACGAAUGGCACCUCCACUUACUUGGGCCUCACAACGGCCGGAUUCCCUAAUUUGUGGUACAUGUACGGCCCCCAGGCAAGUCGAGUCAACUUUUGAUCUUUUAAAAAUCUGUCAGUAACAGAAUUCUAAAUAAA